AUAGAUAUCUCUACUAGCACGCUUUUCGAAUACUGUACCGACCUCACUCAAGGAUCGGUUUAUCUAGAACAAUGUUAGGACUCUGGUGUGCUGCUAUCGUCAUUUUUCUUGUUUUUCUCUAUCAGCGAUUGUCGGAUCCCGUUUCCAAACUCCCUGGUCCUUGGUAUACCAAGUUGACAAGUCUGGUUAUCAAGUACCAUGAGUUUUCGGCUAGUCGUCGUGUAUUUAUCCAUCAACUGCACAAACAGUAUGGCACUAUUGUGCGGAUAGCGCCCAACGAGGUCUCCUUUGCAUCUUUGGAUGCUAUUCGAGAGAUUUACGCAUCAGGCGGCAGUGGCUAUGAUAAGACGGAAUUAUAUGACCUCUUUCGCCAGUUUGGGAUCAAGACAAUGUUUUCUACACUCGACAAGCAGACGCACAGUGAGCGAAAGCGACAAUUAGCCGAUCGAUAUGCCAUGUCGAACAUACUGCGAGAACAUCAUGUGUCGGCAAUCCGAGAGAGCGCUAAAGCGUUCGUAUCCAAGUGUGCUUCUAUCGCGAAAAGUGUGGAUGUCUAUAUAUAUCUACACUGCUAUGCACUUGACUGCGUAACACACUUCAUGUUUAGUCCUAGCGGAUUGAAAUCUCUGACCGAUGAGAAUGACUUUGAGCUGAUGGAGGAAAUGACGUACCAUAACAGCUUACAGAAAAACCUACUUCCUUACUACCUGCCACAUCUAGCUCCAUACUUCCCUUCUUGGCUGCUACCCCGUCGGGCCCCUAAAUCCAACGCAUACGUCCAUAAAGUCACGGCCCAGACAAGUCCAGACGAGUACAGUCUCCUUGCUCGUCUCUUGCGAAAGGAUUCGUCCAUAACCAAGUCACAAGCAGCAGCAGAAUGCAAAGAUCAUAUGGCGGCAGGAAUCGACACAACAGGCGAUGGCUUGUGCUUUUUGAUGUGGGAGUUGUCGCAACCGCACAACUUCCGAUUUCAAGACCGUCUUUAUGAGGAACUUCGCUCAGCACCAGAAGGUACGCACAUUGAUCGAUUACCGUACCUCGAUGCUGUAAUCAAGGAAGCCUUGCGCUGUGCGCCGCCAAUCCCCAUGUCAUUCCCUCGUUAUGUGCCAAGCGGUGGUAGAACAAUUGACGGGACCUUCAUCCCCGAGGGAAUCAUCGUCAGCUGCCAGCCGUACACCGUGCAUCGCCUCGAUGAAAAGGUAUUCCCGGAUCCAGAUACUUUCAAUCCGGAUCGCUGGAUGGAGGAAGAUGGCAUCAACGAGCGCAACCGAUUGUUUUUUGCUUUUAGCACCGGAGGGAGAGGGUGCACUGGAAGAAACCUGGCGACUGUUGAGAUGAAGAUCCUUCUCCAAGAAGUUUAUGCUCGGUUUCAGACGACGGUAGCUCCGGACAUGACUAGCUCCAUGGAGAUCGACGACCAAAUCAUCUCCCUCGUCAAUACCAUGCACAUGUCUUCCCUUUCAAACUGGGCCACAGUAGCCCUCCAGGCCCUUCUUCUGUUUUCUCCCAACAUUCCUGUAGCUACCUCCUCACCAUCUGCCCCAGAACUAUCAUUCCUAUACACGGCCUACGUCGAAUGCGAAUCAAGUCUCAUGAGCUCUCCUGGCCCUCACGGUGUGCGACGUACAAUUCCAAUUGUGGGUGGGAACUUCACUGGUCCUAAUCUAUCCGGCAAGAUUCUUGACGUCGGGGCCGACUGGGGCCUAGUCGAUCCUCAAACCGGCAUCUUCAGCGCAGACACCCGAUACAACUUCCGGACAGAUGAUGGAGAGAAUAUCUUCCUUCAGACGUCUGGGCCGAAGUCGCCCAGUGGACAGCUACAUCUUCGACUGGUGUUUGAGACGGGCAGUCGGAAGUAUUACUGGUUGAAUAAUGUUGUUGCGAUCGGUAUUCUUACCAGUGUGGCCGAGACGGCUAAUACUAGUCUGCUUAGGAUUGAUGCUUGGAAUAUGGCCACGGAUUGGAAUUCGACGAGUUUUCUGAAUCCCACUACGACAACUGCAUCUGGCUGAAAAAGUCAGGAUAUAU